AUGAUAAAGAAAAUUCAUACAAACAAAUCUCAUAAAAAAAUUAAAAAUCAGGUUCUAGUACAUAACCUUGAACUUCCUAUCGUACUAAUAGAAUAUAUCAGACCGUAUUUGUCUACACAAGAGGUUAUCGAAUCUUUAGAUUAUUUAGAUAAUGAUAACCAUCAAGUUCAAUUAAGUAAUUCAAAUUUUAUAGAAGAUUUCUCUAUCCUACCUUCUGUUUGUCCAUCAUCUCAAUCAACCGAAGUCUUUGAUCUACGAGAAGUGCUUUCCGAUAUUGAAUGA